AUGGUGUUCUAUUUGACGAAAGAAUAUCACAUGAGUGUAACCCAAGCUACUACUACAAUCUUCCUUUGGAAUGCUGCUACAAAUUUCACACCUCUUUUGGGUGCUUUAAUCUCUGAUUCAUACUUGGGUCGCUUUCUCACCAUUGGCAUAGGUUCAACAUUCAGUCUCUUGGGAACGAUCCUUAUGUGGUUAACAGCCAUGAUUCCGUUUUUGAGACCUCUCCAGUGCAACCAAAUGACCCAAGAAAUAUGUGAAAACCCAACAACACUCCAAAUGGCUAUACUUGUCAUUUCUAUGGGCUUAGUCUCUAUUGGCGCUGGUGGUAUUAGGCCAUGUUCCUUAGCAUUUGGGGCUGAUCAAUUGGUUAAAAGAUCUGACUCCAAAAACAAAGGACUGUUAGAAAGCUAUUUCGGGUGGUACUAUGCCUGCACAGCCAUUGCUGUUCUUCUGUCUAUGACAGUAGUUGUUUAUAUCCAAGAACGUUAUGGUUGGAAAGUCGGUUAUGCGGUUCCUGCAAUUCUUAUGUUCUUGUCUGUUUUUUUAUUCUUUGUUGCUUCUCCACUUUACUUCAAGCAAAAAGAACGCACGAAUUUGCUUACCGGCUUUGCACAAGUCCUCGUGGCUGCUUACAAGAAUAGAAAAGUUCCAUUCCCUCCAAAAGAUGCAUACAACAAGUAUUAUCAUAAGAAGAAUUCAGAAUCCAGUGUACCAACUGAGAAUCUAAGGUUCUUAAACAAGGCUUGCAUCAUCACAAACCCAGAACAAGAUUUAGCUUCAGAUGGAUCAGAACCAAAUUCUUGGAGUCUUUGCACGGUAGAGAGAGUAGAAGAACUUAAAGUUAUUAUCAGAGUUAUCCCAAUAUGGUCCACAGGGAUUAUGAUCUCGAUAAAUGUUAGUCAAGGCUCAUUGCAAGUAUUCCAAGCUAUCUCUAUGGACAGACACUUAACUCCCAAUUUUGAAAUUCCAGCAGGCACUUUUGCUAUGUUCUUAAUCAUUUCUGUAAUAGCAUGGAUUGUUCUUUAUGAUAGAGUAAUCAUUCCCUUAGCAUCAAAAAUCAAGGGUGAGCCAGUGAGACUCGAUGUUAAAUUGAGAAUGGGAAUUGGUAUAUUUUUUUCUUGCAUGGCAAUGGUAGUUGCAGGAAUUGUUGAGAAUAUUCGACGAAGAAAAGCAAUCAUGGAAGGGCAUUUAAACAAUCCUCAAGCUGUGGUGCAGAUGUCUGCACUAUGGCUUAUUCCACAAUUUUGCUUUCAUGGCUUAGCAGAAGCAUUUAACUCUAUAGCCCAAUCAGAGUUCUUUUAUUCAGAGUUUCCAAAGAGCCUCUCAAGUAUUGCUGGUGCUCUAUCUGGACUAGGAUCGUCAGUGGCAAAUUUAUUGGCAACUGUUAUUCUGAGUGUUGUUAAUCAAAGUACUUCGAAAGGAGGCAAAGAUGGAUGGGUUCCUGAUAAUAUUAACAAGGGUCGUUAUGACAAGUACUAUGGACUUCUUGCAAUUAUGAGUUUUUUGAAUUUGCUAUAUUUCGUAUUCUGUUGUUGGGCAUAUGGUCCUUCCAAAGAUCAAUCGUCAAAUUUCGGAGAUGAUGACCAGGAGGAAGAAGAAUAA